AUGAUAAAUUUUACUUCCGAGGACGUGUAUGACGCUAUUCCUACGAUUGUUACAACUUUUGUAGCGAUUAUUGCAAAAAUUUCUAUUUUUGUCUUCUUACUGGAGUUAGUACACUAUACAAGCAAACCAUUAUUUGAUAUGGAUUUUUCUUGA